AUGUCUACGACAGCAAAUCUUCAAACGAUUUGCCUCUACGUUACAACUGAUAAUGUUGGUAUUUCAAUUACAAACAUGGAUAUCGAAGAUGGUAUUCGUCAUAUAAUUGAUACAGAUUUACCCUAUAUUUAUUUUGGUAAACCUUACAUUGAUGACCGAUGGAUAGAGGAAAAAGCACCCAUUGCUGGAGGUCAUGGAUAUGGCAAUGCCAUGAAUCAAUUCUACUGGCCUCAUGGUAUUUUCGUGGAUGAUGGUCAAACAAUGGUCAUUGCUGAUUGGUACAAUAAUCGUGUCAUUGAAUGGAAGAUAGGUUAUAGAAAUGGACGAGUAGUAGCAGGCGGCCGGGGUGAAGGAAAUCGGUUGGAUCAAUUGAAUCGUCCAACUGAUGUGCUGAUCGAUAAAGAGACUGACAGCCUCAUUAUUUGUGAUUGGGGGAAUCGACGAGUCGUACGAUGGUCGCGCCAUAGUGGGGCUACUCAAGGAGAAAUUCUUCUCGACAACAUCAAGUGUUAUGGAUUAGCUAUGGAUCAUCAAAGACAUCUUUAUGUUUCUGAUACUGACAAACAUGAAAUAAGACGAUAUCAAAUGGGAGACAGAAAUGGAACUGUCGUGGCUGGCGGUUAUGGUCGAGGCCGUGGUCUCAAUCAAUUGAACUUUCCAACAUUCCUCUUUGUCGAUCAUGAACAAGCUGUCUAUGUGUCAGACUGCAAGAACCAUCGUGUGAUGAAAUGGAAUCAAACUGCCGCAGAAGGAAUUAUUGUUGCUGGUAGUCAAGGUGAAGGGUGGGCUCUGACUCAAUUGUCAGGUCCCGAAGGACUCGUCGUUGACAUGUCGGGCACUGUCUAUGUUGCAGAUCGAAAUAAUCAUCGAGUGAUGGCUUGGCCUAAAGGAGCCAAAUAUGGCUUGAUCAUUAGACUCGAAGAGAGACACGUGUACUAUCCCAUGGGUUUGUCCUUCGAUCAGUAUCAUAAUCUUUAUGCCGUCAAUUAUGGGGAUCAUUGUAUUGAACGCUUUCGUUUUAAAUCUAUUUAA